AUGAAGACAACGUCCAACACGUACAAUUUGGAGGACUCGGAGAGGCUCAUCGGGCUGUGGAUGGAGGCGCGCGGCUACCGCCACCAGAUAGUCAUCGUGACAAAGUCCACGGCCGGCUACCACGCCCACGACCGUGAGGGGACGCCGAUGCCGAGCAAUUUCACGGGCAAUUCGUUCAAGAGCAUGCGCAUCUCCGUGAGGAAUAUCCUUGGGAAGCUGUGGACGGAAUAUAUUGACGUCCUGUAUGUGCCGUGUGACUGGACGACGUCCGUCGAGGAGGUCAUGAGCCAGACCAUGCUGCCCAUCGCACACGACAUAGAUGGUGAGACUCCGUCUUCAAGCGCGCCUCGGGCCUCGAUCCCCCGGCAGAAUAGCGUCGCCUCUGCUCUAUGGAGCCCCAUCUCGCGAGUAAGGCCCUUUGACGGCUCCCUCGCGUGGCUCGUCACAAAGCACAAAGACGUCUUCGCAGUCGCCACGGACACCCGUCUCUCAAAGUUCCGUCUUCUCGCCCCAUUUUGCAUGCCUUCCUUCCCACCGUCAGCAAUGCGGCAAGGUCGAACCGCUCUUUUUCAGGACCACGUCUACUCCGUAAGGCCGUACAUUCAAAAGACGAUUAAGGGCCUGCCGGACCUUGUGAUCGACCAGGGGUGCCGGGAGCCAGUUAACUUGAUCGAAAAGCUUGCCUUGCCUAUUCCGUCAUAUGUCAUCUACAUCAUUCAGGGCGUCCCGUUCGAGUACCUAGAGUAUCUUAACCAGCAAAACGCGGUCCGGACGAAUGGUAGCGGCACCGCUGUGCAGGUCCAAUCCGCGAACCAGUCCCGCCACAUUGAGAGAUCGGACGCCGUGGAGAUUGCCUUUCUCCUGCUCGUCGCCGGCAACGCGACGACGGUGAACAUGAAUGCGCUGAUGAGCCCCAUUAACCCUUUGGGUCUUGAUUUUGUUUUCGCGGGAGUACGGGGCCGAUCCGGCAACAGGGACAAGGACGUUUUCCCACACCCGGACGUCUUCAACGUGCACCGGACCCCGGACCCGAACCACGCUCUGGGCUUCGGCUUUGUACCUCACAGGUGCAUCACUGAACAGCUCUCGCGCGCCGAGCUCGAGAUCGUUUUGAAUAAAGUUCGCUACCCCGUCUGGCUCCAUCAGCUGCCCGGCCUCGAAAUCGCCGUGCUGAUGACUGACAUUGAGUAA